AUGUCGAUAGAGUAAUGCAUUUUAAUAAGACUUAUAACCAAAUAAUGAUGUGCAUUUAAUUAUUUCAUAUGGUAAUAGCUAAAACAGCGUUGUCUUUAAAUAACGCUUAGAUUCUAUUUAGUUCAGAAGGAACAAGAAUCAGUGCCAGGGAUUUUAUUUUGGAAACGAUGGCCGGAAACCCCUAUUAAACUACUUUGCCCGCUAAUGGUAACUCUCCGCCUCUUUCUCUGUGCGCUUUAUGGCAAAGCGUCUGUUCUCAGGAUGGAGUCCAGCCGGUCUCACCUCUUACCUCAGUGACCUGCGAACAUUCAAACGUUUUCAUUUGCGAUCAUUGCUUCAAUAACCUAAAACUUGAUUUUCUAUCUGUAAAAAGUGACAAAAUUGUUGUCAUGAACAGAGACGGAGACAAGAGCGCAAAAACAGCGCUCCGGAGCCAAAAACAGCCCAGGGCGCACCAGGUUUGUGUCCAGAAGAAGAAGAAGGACCCGCCGUCCAAAGACGCAGCCUCCAAGGACGCGGCGUCAGCUCCGAGCGACUCCGGGAAGGAGCUGAAGUCGAUGGGAAAGCGUGGGGAGAAAGUCUCGUGCAGCGGCACCGUGGAGAGGAGCCCCGGGGCGCACAGGAAACUAUCCGACGCCAGCAACGCGUCGGAGGACCUGAGCAAAGACUCCGGCUGCCUGUCAGGGAAGGUCUCCUCCUCGGACAGCAGCUCAGAGAUAUCCGACUGCCCCUCGGAGGGCAACAAGAACGACUGCCACAGCAGCGACGACUUAAGCUGGAUACGGGGACAGGCGCACGUGAGCCCGGACUGUGAGGAGAAAAGCGACGGUGGAAGGAACCAGACGGAGGGACCCCCGUGCGCCCCCCGGUUGGAUGAUGCCAGAGGGGCCCUCGGGUUAUUUAACUGCUCAGGGGCUUUCAUGGAGCUGAUGAUGGGGGACACGAGCGAGGAUCUGCUCAGGGAGGUGGAGGAUUUGAAAUCAGAGAACGAGUAUUUGAAAGAUGAGGUGGAGGAGCUCCGCUGCGAGAUGCUGGAGAUGCGCGACCUGUUCCAGGAGGAGGAGGCCUACCAGCUGCAGGAGCUGCGGCAGCAGCUGGAUCAGGCCAACAAGAUGUGCCGCAUCCUGCACUACCGCCUGCGCAAGGCCGAGCGCCGCAGCAUCCGAGUGGCCCAGACCGGGCAGGUGGACGGCGAGCUGGUCCGGAGCCUGGAGCACGACGUCAAGGUGGCGAAGAGCGUGUCGUUCCGGCUGUGCAGCGAGCUGGAGGUGGUGCAGAAGAAGAAGUCCCAGUUGGAGUGGGAGAACGAGGCCCUGCGCGAGAAGACGCAGGAGCUGGAGGUGGCCAAGCAGGUCCUGCAGGCCGAGGUGGACAAGGCCAGAGAGUACUCUUUGAAGAAGAAAAGCAUCAGGUCAACAGCCAGCAGGGCUGAGAAGAGGCUCUCACAGCAGCUGGAGGACGACAGUGCCGACCUCAAGUGCCAACUCCACUUUGCCAAAGAGGAAUUAGCGCUCAUGUGCAAGAAGCUCACCAAGUUGGUGUCGGAGAGCGAGGGCAUGCGCGAGGAGCUGGCCAGGUACCGCUCAGCCUACGGCGACGCGGACGCCGCCCAGCCGCCUGACGGCAAACACCGCUCGGCCCGCGCCCGAGAGGCCGAGGUCAAAGUUCACCUCAAACUGGUGGAGGAGGAGGCCACGCUCCUGAGCCGGCGCAUCGUGGAGCUGGAGGUGGAGAACCGCGGGCUGAAGGCGGAAAUGAGCGACCUGAGGGAGAGGGCAGGCGGAGGGGAGGGGGACGAGCAAGAGAAUCGGGACGGGGCCGAGAGGAGCGCCUCGGCUGCAAAACCCGGCAGGGGACGCGGGCGAGAGGGAGGGGAGAGGGAGGACGCGGAGAAAGGCCAGAGGGACGAUUCCAGCCGAUUACGGGGCGAAGGGACGAUGGCGCCCUGUCACAUCGCGCGAGAGGGUCCCGUGGGCGGCGAGUGGGAGCCUUCAGACGGCCGGGAGGGAGAAAACAACAGAACCCCGAGCAGAGCUCUUAAAGAAAUGGCCGCAAAGGACUGUGAGUUUCUUCUAGCUCUCCGGGAUCAUUCCCGCAUUCUGAGCUCAGCCAUACAGCUCCUCACCAAAGCGCCAGAGCACAGCCGUUCGUCACCACCGCGCGCUGAAAGCCCGGAGGCGGACUCCGACGGUGAGAAGAUGGUCCUCCCUCUGAACGAGGCCCUGGGGCUGUUGCAGGCCAUGCUUUUGGCCUUCAUCAAGAGAGUGGAGACGCUCUUUGCGGGAGACGACGGGAGCAACACCUGCGUGUGCGAUUCAGGAGACGGCGCCGAUCGCGUCGGCAAUCGCGCCGCCGAGUCGCCGAGUCAGCAGGAGGCUGAGUUCAAGGAGAGUGGGACAAAACAGUGGAACCUCACCCACAGCUGCAAGGACCCAAAGAUGCAGCUGUCCUUAAAGGUUCUGUGGAUCCUCCACCAGUGGCAUCAGGUCCAAGAACACGUGGAAGGAAACAAGCACGAAGAGAAGAGUGUGUUUGCGCUGCGGGGGUUGUUGCAAGAUGUGGACGCGGAGCUUCGGGACGAGCGGAAGGAGCGGCGAGCGGCGUCUGAGUGUGCUGCUGUCUUUCAUCAAGGAGAAGCUGACAAAAUCUGCAGCUCAAAGCGACUUAAAGACGUGAGGCGGCGGUCGCCUCCGUGCAGCUCCAGGAGGAGGAACUGGUGCUACGUGAGCCGGGAGGCGGCCCAGCUGGACCGGGAGGACCGCGUGAGGACGUGGGACCACCCCAUCAUGCCGCUCAGCUUCCCCCACCUCGACUUCCAGCGGGAGAAAAGCCACACGGCGCCGGAGCGGUCGGACCUCCGCAUCUACUACAGCCCGCCGUCGGCCCGCCGGGUCAGAGCCCAGCAGAGGAGCGGCCCGGGUGCAGAGGCCGCCUCCUUCUCGGCGUCCCCUCUGGGCUCCUCUCCCAACCAGAGCGACGACGCGAGGGAGGCACCGGCCGCCUGGAGGCAGACGGGCCAGGGCGGCUCACAGAGGAGGUCGGCCGAGCGGUGGCCGGAUGGGGCUCAGGGGUCGGGCUCUGUGAGGAGCAGCCCUUCUCGGGCCCCGGCCCCCUCCCCGCUGUCCGCCCGCCCCCACCUCGGCUCCCCCUCCCUGGACGGAGCCACGGGUCGCAUGGAGAAGGCCGUCCCUCGGUCCGCCUCCUCGCCCAAACUGUCCCGUGGCCCCUCGCUGGCGUCGUCCGUCGCUCUCAGCUCCUCCGCCCCCUCUCUCUCCCCGUCCAGAGGCCGAGCGCUGUGGAGCCACGCCGCGGCCAAGCCGGCGGGCCGGCGAGCGGCCGCGGGGCCGAGCCCCGGCUCCGCGGGCGGCGCCGGGCCCCCCGGCAGGCCCGCGGCGGCCGGCCGCUACGGCCUGGUGUCGGAGUUCCUGCGCAGGGUGAGCGGCCGCGGGGAGAGGGCGGCCGCGGACUCGGCCCAGAGGACCAAGGGCCCCAAGAGCCUGGAGCGCGUCCCCACGAGGCCCCCCGCCGCCCCGCCGCACAGGAGCGACAGCGUGACGCGGAUCGUCAACCAGAGGUUCAUGAAGCCGAGGGAGGACGGAGGUCGGGGUCCGAGGGAGGAGAGAGGCCAGAACCACAGUGUCAGACACAACGUGGGCGGAACCACAGCAGAGGACGGAAACUACGACGGCUGCAGCUCCACCAGCACCUUGACCUUCUGCCUCCCUCGACCGUCGCGUUCGGCCCAGAGACGAACCCUGAGCCAGAGCGGAGCGAGCCGACACAGGCCCUCGGCGCCCGUGAGCCUGGCUGUGGACUCCAGCUGUGAGUGACCUGGGGGAAGAGAGCCCCGCUGAUAGUUGUGGACAGCUGAGAGCAGGCUGAGCCACGGGGCACGAAUGAAGAGUUUCACUGUAAAGCAGUUUCACAGCGGGAUGGAAACCUGAGAGACUAGACUUUGAGUGGUGUGUUUAGAAGAUCUGUGAGCAAAGCUCCUUCUGGUGCAAUGAAAUUAUUCUACUUUUACAUGUUGGUAAAUAAUCCUGUCUAUGGUGAGUGUAUUUCAUAUUUAUACAUUUAAAAUCUAUGUCAAAUGUAUUUUGCAUUGCAACUAAAUUUUGUAUCAUCAUUUGUUAGUUUAAAUAUAAUUUAUUGAAUAAAGCUGUAUUCUCUGGCCAACAAA